CCGCUCCGGCUCCGCCUCCGCCCCGGAACGCGGCGCGCCCCGCCGAGGCGUCCCGGAGGCCCACACCGGAAUCGCGGAGCUCAGCUGCUGCGAACUCGCGACAGGUCCAGGCGGCCCGCGGGAUCCCCUGCUGACGCCCCCGAUCCGGGGUCCACAUGGACGCGCGGGGCCCCGAAGCUCCUGCCGGGCGCGCGCUGCGGGACGCGGCAGAAAAUCUAUUUCAAGAACUUCAGGAACAUUUUCAAGCUCUGACUGCAACAUUAAACCUCAGAAUGGAAGAAAUGGGAAAUCGCAUUGAGGACUUACAGAAGAAUGUCAAUGACUUAAUGGUGCAAGCCGGCAUUGAAAAUUCUAUGAAAGAACAAAUGCUGAAGACCUAACUAAGUGCAGCAUGUCUGUAUUUGGAGAUGGAGCGUCUACAGAAGUAAUUAAGGUUACAUGGGUCCUGAGGGGGGCCCUCAUCCAACAGGAUUUGUCUUUCUGAGAAGAGACGCCAGGGGCUUGCCUGCCACCCACUGCCUGCACCAGAGAAGGUGGCCAUCACAAGCCAAGGAAAGCCCUCUCCAGAAAUCACACAGACUGGCACCUUGAUCUGGGAUUUCCAGACAAGGUAACUGAAAAGACAAGUUCCUGUUGUUUAAACCACCCAACCCGAAGUAUUUUGUGAUGGCAGUCCCAGGCAGAAUAUUACAAUAUGCAACACAUUUACAAUAAAUCAUGAUAAACUUA